AGUUUUAGGGGAAAAAGAAACCCAAAACAGAGUAAACAGUUGCUUCUGCAAUAUCAGAUCACCAACUCAGCAAAACCGACAGAAGGGGGGGGGGGGGUCCCCACCAGUAUAGGAACCAAGAGAUAGAGAAAAAGGCAUUUAGGGAAAGGGAGAUCAGCCAUUCAAUUCAGGGCUUUAGCUCCCCAAGACAGAAGCACUUGCCCUGGUGGAGAAGGAAUUGAAGGCACUGAAAAAAGAAUGAAGAGCCCUUGAACUAGGCGACUGGAGGGGAUCAAGAGAUGGUUGGACUUGGGAGAGGAAAAUAGACUAAGUAUAAAUGGAGGGAUGGAGGGAGAGCCUGCAAGGAUGUUUAAUGGAGGAAACUCUGAAACACUGUAGGAAAGCACUGUCAUAGGGUCGAGAGUGGCUGAGCGGUGAGAAGAGGACUUGUCUCUCAAGGGAAGUCUUGUUUUCUUCCUCCAUUUCCUAAACCAGCGCCUCCCUCCUCCCACACCCAGUUAGGGAGGGUGGAGACCAAAAGUAGAGGGUAACACUACUCUAGGACAAAGCAGAAGAAUGGGGACUGCCUGGACCCAGCAGAGAUCCAGAGAGGAAUGGAGUCAUCGAAAGACCGUGAUGGGAUGGGGGCUGCUGAGUGUCCUGCUACUUGGUCUGACUGUGGUCUUUUCUGUGCUCCUGUUCUAUACCUUCUACAGCUGUGGACCCCGCCCUUGUGAGAGACCUGUGUGCCUGGCACUUAUGGCAAAUUAUCUGAUGACUGGCAAUGCCAGUGCCCUGCCCUGCAUAGACUUCUUCAGCUUUGUCUGUGGGAACUUGACAUCUGGAUGGGCCAACGAGUCCAGGAACGUACUUGAGAUUCUGAAAGAGGAGAACGAGCAUCGACUCCAGAGGAUGCUGGAAGCUUCAGUUUCCUGGCCUCCUGACUCUGCAGAGGAGAAGACUGUGAGGUUCUAUAAAGCCUGCAUGGACACAGAUGCCAUUGAGGUUUCAGGGGCAGAGCCUCUUCUACAGGUCAUUGAGGAGCUGGGGGGUUGGCGUAUCUCAGGUAACUGGACACCUCCUGAUUUUAAUCAUACCUUGAAGCUGUUAAUGAGUCAAUAUGGCAGUUUCCCUUUCUUCAAAGCUUACUUGGGGCCUCAGCCAAGUCCUCCACACACUCCUGUCAUCCAGAUCUUCCCUGAUCAACACUCUUUCUUUUUUCUCCCCAGUACCUUAUGGUCUCCUCCAUAUCUAUCCUCUCUUUCCUUUCCUCCCACCCCAUAUACUGCAUUUCUCUCUAGUGUUUCUUGUGUCCAGAUUGAGGAACCAGAGUUUCAGAUGCCAUUUCGACCUGAUCAGAAGAACUACACCCAGAUAUUGAGAGCAUACGUGUCAUACCUGGAACAACUGGGAACCUUGCUAGGGGGAGACCAAAAGGUUGUGUUGGAACAUGCCUAUCUAUCAAUAACCAUAACUUCAAAUCUCCUUAUGGUUGCAAAUCCCCUAGUCCAGGAGAAGACAGAGGAUAAGCUCAUCCAAGAAACUACCAUUGCUCAGCUGCAGGAAAUGGCCCCUUCCAUUGACUGGCUAUCUUGCUUGCAAGCAGUGUUCUCUGUGAUGACCCUCAGCCCCUCUCAGCCCAUCAUAGUUCAUGACUUGGACUACAUUAAAGGCAUGUCCCAGGUGAUAGAACAGAAAGCAAAUUACAGAGAUUACCUUCAGAGCCACAUGAUCCUAGGACUGGUUUCAACACUCAUUCCUGCUUUAGACAGUCAUUUCCAGAAUGCACAGAGAAAUCUGAGCCAGAAACUUCAGGAAUUGGCAGGAUGGUCUCCCAUUUCACUCAGCAUCCCUCGAUGGAAGAAAUGCAUUAAGGAGACAGAGACCUUCUUCAAGCCCACAUUGGGAGCAAUGUUUGUUCAGGAAACCUUCAGCCGUGACAGCCAAGAUGUUGCAACUCAACUUUUCUCUGAGAUCCAAAAUGCCAUGAGCAGACACUUGAAGAGACUUCACUGGAUGGAUGAAGGAAGCCAGAGAGAGGUGCAAAUCAAGUUAUCCCAGUUGAAGGUAGAGAUGGGGGCUCCAGAGGAGAUAUUAAAACCUGAUCCAACCAAACAAGACUAUCAGGAUAUAAAUUUUGGCUCCAGUUAUCUUCAGACAGUCCUGAGUUGUUCCAGAUCUCUCCAUGAGAGGACCAUGAGAGGCUUUCUGGGGCCUCCCUACAGGCACAGAUGGAAAGUAUUCCCUUGGGAUGUCAAAGCCUAUUAUUCCAUGCCAGAUAACGUGGCUGUUUUCCCCGCUGGACUUUUACAGCCUCCAUUCUUCCACCCUAGUUACCCAAGCUCUGUGAACUUUGGAGCUGCUGGCAGUGUGAUGGCCCGGGAAUUAAUGCAUAUCUUCAACCAGUAUUUGGUCCCAGAGGGCUGCCCAGCUUGUGAUAUCCCCACCUUGAAUGGGGAGUUGCUCUGCUUACAGAAACACUAUGAGUCCAUCUCACUGCCAACAGGGAAUAUAUUCAAUAGCUCCCACACCCUAUUGGAGAAUGCUGCUGAUAUAGGCGCACUGGUAAUUGCAAUGCAGGCAUAUAAGAAGUGGCUACAGAAGCAUAAAGGGGAGACCAUCCUGCCCAGCUUAGGCCUUAGCCCCUAUCAGCUUUUCUACCAAAGCUAUGCCAAGGUCAUGUGUGGCAGUCCUGCCUCUAAGGAUGCUCAAGACCUCCAUAGCCCUCCUAUCGUUCGUAUCCAUGGGCCCCUCAGCAACAUCCCGACAUUUGCUAGACACUUUCACUGCCCAAGAGGUACCCCUAUGAACCCUAGUAACCGCUGCCAACUCUGGUUAUCUGCCUGAAUGUACUGCCUAACUAUGAAAUCAAGCACUUAAUUAUGAGAAGCAAGGUAUCCACUACCUUCCAAUUCUAGAAAUAAAGAUUCUGUCUCUUC